GGCCCAGCCGGCGCCCCCCAGGCCCCGUUCCCUUGGCAACGGCGCAGGCCUGGCGGCGGCGCCCCGCCGGAAGUGUCGCAGGACGCACGGGGCGGAAGCGGGGGCGUGAGACAGGCGCGGGGAUUCCGAACGGCGGAGCGGAGGGCCCCCCUUCGGUGAGGAUGCCCAGGAUCACGCUGAACGGCGUCCCGGUGGAUUUCCCCUUCCAGCCGUACAAGUGCCAGGAGGUGUACAUGGCCAAGGUGCUCGAGUGCCUGCAGAAGAAGGUAAAUGGCAUUCUGGAGAGCCCUACAGGUACAGGAAAGACGCUCUGCCUGCUGUGUUCCACCCUGGCCUGGCGGGAGCACUUUAAAGAUACUAUCUCAGCCCGCAAAAUUGCACAGCGUAUGAAUGGAGUCGAGCUCUUUCCUGACAGACCCAUGUCAUCCUGGGGUAAUGCUGCCACGGAUGCUGAUGUCCCAACUUAUUACACUGACAUUCCUAAAAUAAUUUAUGCAUCCAGAACGCACUCACAACUUACACAGGUCAUUAAUGAAUUGAAGAACACCGUCUACAGGCCAAAGAUAUGUGUUUUGGGUUCCAGAGAGCAGCUUUGCAUCAAUAGUGAAGUGAAACGACAAGAGAGCAACCACGUGCAGAUCUAUAUGUGCCGAAUGAAAGUGAUGACUCGUUCUUGUCAUUUUUAUAACAAUGUAGAAGAAAAGAGUACAGAGAAAGAACUGGUCAACUCGAUCAUGGAUAUUGAAGACUUGAUUAAAAAUGGAAACAAGCAUAGAGCUUGUCCUUAUUAUCUCUCUCGAAGCCUGAAGCAGCAGGCGGAUAUUAUUUUUAUGCCUUACAACUAUUUACUAGACUCAAAGAGCCGAAGAGCGCACAACUUAGACCUGAAGGGGACCGUGGUAAUACUUGAUGAAGCUCACAAUGUGGAGAAGUUGUGUGAAGAGUCAUCUUCUUUUGACUUGACAGCCUACGAUUUAGCUUCAGCAAUUGAUACUUUAAAUAUACUACUGGAAGAACAAGCCAAAGCAGUUCAGCAGAAAGAAGUAAAUGCUGAGUUCAGCAUGGAGGUGGACAAUUCAGGGCUGAACAUGGAACUUGAAGAUCUAGCAAAGAUAAAAAAAAUUCUUCUUCAGCUGGAAAGUGCAAUUGAUGAAGUGGAGUUGCCCCCAAAUAAAAAUGGAGUCACCAAAGAUGGAAGCUACAUCUUUGAUCUGUUUGCGAAGGCCCAAAUAACAUUCCAGACCAAAUCCUCACUCCUGGAGUCACUAGAGCAGAUUUUACAGUUUCUUUCAAGCCGUACUGGGGUAUUUGUCAAUACAUCUGGACUGCAUAAGCUUUCAGAUAUUAUCCAGACAGUAUUCAACAUCAAUCCUCCAGAAGGCACAACAAGUUUUGUGCCACCUCAGUCGAUAUCCAAAUACUAUAAGGUGCACAUUCAUCUGGAUAACGGUAAUCAGAAGAAGCAGAAGACAAAUGUCUGGGAUUCAUCAGCUGCAAAAAAACAAGGAAAGACCUUAAGCUAUUGGUGUUUCAGUCCUGGAUAUAGCAUGCAUGAUCUUGUUCGACAAGGAGUCAGGACGAUUAUCCUUACCAGUGGGACUCUUUCCCCACUCUCCUCAUUUACAAUGGAAAUGCAAAUCCCUUUUCCUGUUAGCUUGGAGAAUCCUCAUGUUAUUGAUAAACACCAGCUCUGGGUUGGAAUCAUUCCCAAAGGACCUGAUGGAGCCGUGCUCACUUCCACUUAUGAAAGGAGGUUUUCAGAGGACUAUUUAUCUUCUCUGGGGAAAACAAUUGGUAAUCUUGUGCGAGUUGUACCUCAUGGACUGUUGGUGUUCUUCCCAUCAUAUCCAGUCAUGGAUAAGAGCUUGGAAUAUUGGAGAAAGCAUGAUUUUGCUAAAAGAAUAGAAGAAGUGAAACCAAUAUUUGUGGAACCCAAGCAUAAAGGAAGCUUUGCAGAGGUAAUGGAUGCAUACUAUGAUAAAAUUGUCUGUCCUAAGUCCAACGGAGCUGCUUUUUUUGCAGUAUGUCGGGGGAAGGCCAGUGAAGGCUUGGACUUCGCAGACAUAAAUGGGCGAGGAGUCAUCAUUACUGGGCUUCCAUUUCCUCCUUGUAUGGAGCCCAGAGUUGUUUUAAAGAUGCAGUUCCUGGAUGAAAUGAAAAGAAGCUGUGUGGGUGCACAGUAUUUAUCUGGGCGUGAGUGGUACAAUCAGCAAGCUUCCCGGGCUGUUAAUCAGGCUAUCGGCAGGGUCAUCAGACAUCGCCAGGACUUUGGUGCUAUUUUCCUGUGUGACCACAGGUUCACAACCAGCGAUGUAAGAGGCAAGCUGCCUUCAUGGGUCCGCCCUUAUGUGAAUGUUUAUGACAACUUUGGGCAUGCAGUCAGAAGCGUCUCCAUGUUCUUCCGUGUUGCUCAAGAAAUUAUGCCCCCACCCCUGCCACAAUGUGUUUCUGGCUCUGCUGAUGCUCAGAGUGAAAAUGAUCUGGCACCAUCUACUUCAUCAGAGCAGAUCCUCUCCCUGGAAAAAGCCAAAAAUUUGGAUGACCAUGUUCCCAGUUUGAAGAGGAAAAGAAUAGUAAUGCCAGUAAGUGGAGAUGGAGCAUCUAGCCUGUGCAUGGAGUAUGAAGAAAAAUUGUUCUCACCUAGAAAGCAACGUCUUGGGCUCUUGGAUGCCUUGGAGCGCAAUGAGAAGAGCAGUGAAGCUGCAGAGGAGGAAAGUGGCUUGCCAGGAGAGGAAGAGGCCCAAGGUCUGUCAACACUCUCCCUACAGUAUGAGAAGAGGUUAACAACUGAGCAAAAAGGAGGAAGGAAGAAAAUAAAGCUAGUCAGCAAUCCAGAAGCUGAUAAGAUAGCAGACCCAGCUGAGCCAAAGAAGGCCAGAGCUACCUUGUACAUUGCAACAGUGAAGCAGACCCUAAGCCAACAAAGCUAUGAUCUCUUCUCUAAGGCUCUUCAGCACUACAAGAAGACAGAUGACUUCAAUGCUAUGUUAGCUCAAAUGAGUUCCCUUUUUGUCGAGGAUGAAAAAAAACAUAUCUUGCUACGAGAAUUUUACCAGUUUGUUCGACCUCAACAUAAAAAACAGUUUCAUGAAGCAUGUUGCAGUCUGACUGGAGCGGGCUGUGGCUACAAACCUGAACACAGCCUCUUGCAGGAAGAGAGAGAGAUACUGGCAAAGAAAAUAGAAGGAAAAAAGAGUCAGCAGAAAACAACAUCCUCAAAGGACUCAUACACGCAGCUGAACCCUAGACUCCACUUGAACCAGGGAGGAUUUCACUUGACAACAGGACUGACUAGUGCUGGGGAUAAUGCUGGUCAAGCUCCAAGUAAAGUCACUGAGAAAGCUUCAUGCUCUAGGAAAGAUCACCACCAGGUCCUCAGGACUACCUAUCUCAAUGAUGUGAAAAAGGCUUUGGACAAAAGCACUUUCAGCCACUUCUAUGAAGCGCUGUUAACUUACAAGAAGACAGAUAACUAUGAUGCUAUGAUACCAGUGAUAGCAGCCCUCACCACUGAGCGGCCAGAAGACUUUCAUCUCCUACGAAGGUUUUACAUGUUUGUGCGCCCUCAUCACAAAGAGCAGUUCAAUCAGAUGUGUAAAGAUUUGACUGGAAUGGUCUGUGGUGGGAAAGAGAAGCAAUUGCAACACACAGUGCAAGGUGAAAGGAGCCCUCUGAGUUUGGAGAGCUGGUGCACUAAGGCAGAAAACAGCCAUGUACAAGAUGCCACUGUUCCUAAGAGUGAGGUGCCAGAGAAAACUCAGAGAGAGAUUUCCUCCUUCUGCUUUAACCAGGAAAAUAAACUUGAAUUGCCAAAGACUGAAGAAGAUUCAAAAGAAACCAGUAACAUGAGAGCACCCACAUGCUCUGGAGUUGUACCUCUCUUUCCCCUAGAGAUGGAACCAGAGUGUGGAAGAUACCAGUGCUCUGCCUGCAAAUCUGAGGAUGAUGUGCCUUUUAAAUGUCCAUUCUGUGCCUUCACUCGCUGCAAAACAUGCUGGGAGCAGUUCUUAAAGAUGAAGAGGUGCCCGCAAUGCUUCAGUGAUGUGAAGAAGAAGCGAUUAACCCAAGCUUUCUUCUGGUUAUAAUCUCACCAGCAGAAAGGGCAAGUACUUCUCAGCAGAAAUAAAUGACUGGACUCUGAGUCUCAAGCUGAAAGCAAGCUGGAUGAAGGUUCUUUUAAAUAUGUUUGAUCCUAGAGUCUGGAUUACAGGCUGUGCACCAGAACGUGUAAUAUUUUCCUACAAUCUGAUCAAGUCUGGAAGGUCUCCGUCUCUCUUACCACUGGCAGAAGACAAAGCAGUAUCGUCCUGUGCUGGAAUUAAAAUGGAGAAUAUCUUAUUUUAGCCUGUAAAUUCUAUUGUCUUCUCUUAGACCAAAUUUUAUAUCCUGGAGGAGGCUGUCAUCAGUUGGCCCCUUCAGGUAACACCAGUUCCUGGAAAAAGCCUACAAGAGUACUACAGUGGAAUUGAGCUGGCUACAUUACCAGGCCAGAGGCCAGACUACCAAGACUUACCACAGUGGUGUUCCUAGAAGAAGUGAUUCACAUUCUGUUGGUGUUCAUCAGCAGCUGCUGUCUCCCAACAGCAGAAAAUACAGAAAGGAAGAUUUUGUUUUAAAACAAAUUCCAGUGGUUAGAUUGUGAACAGAGAUGCUCCCCUGUGCCUGCUGUGCAUCCCUAAGACCGACUUCCUUCCAUAGUGCUGGAAUUUUUGGAAAUAUUCUUCUGCGGAGGUUUUGUUUUAUGCUUAGUACUGAUACUCGUGUUGUGCCUGUGUUAUUUGAUCUUUACCUUCCAAGAAGAAAAAUGAGCUAAUUGACUUUAAUCUUCAAAAGAAGUUGGAUGAGAAAAAAAAUCCUUGAUACAUCCACUCUCUGUGAGUAGUGGGAAUAAGUAGUUAACUUUUAAAAAAAAAAAAAAAAAAGUAUCAGUAUCUUCUUUUAAUUAAACUAUAAAUAAAACCAUUUUUAUGUC